GCGACAUCGGUCACGUCAAAAAAAAAGGGGAGAAAAUGUGGAGAAUCCAGACGAACUGAGGCCGGAGCUUCUCCGUCGAACCCACGAUCAUCUCCCCCGAGCAGCUCGCUGUCCGGACGGGUCUUUGUCCCCCACGGGUCGCGUCCGAGCACCGGGGAGUUCCGGGGACGUUUGGAGGUGAACUCGCCCGCCUGAGGAAGCAGCCGCUCGGCUAGCCGCGGAACUAGCUCCCGCUCCCCGCCGGAGAGAUGGGCACCAGGGCCAGUCGCCUCCAGGAGGACCCGGCGCCCUCCGCCUUCGGGAAAGAUGGUGGCCCCAAGCGGGACUCGUACCGGCGACCCCGCCUCGCCAGACCCACCAGCCUCAUGGUGGACUUCUCCGGAAGCUUCGAGGACACGGAGGCCAACCGGAGCCGAUCGGAGGAGGGCAGCGACUCGGACCCGGGGCAGCACGGAGCGAGCGGCGACGGAAGCCCCGCGGACCACCACAGCAUCCCGGGCAUCAGCCAGGCGUCCCCCGCGGAGGACCACCACCACGGCGAGGGGACACCCGGGGAGGACGGCACCACCAGCCCGGAGACUCCCGGCGCCGCGGAGCUCCAGCCCGGGGAGGACACAGGCCGCACGCCCCACCGCACCUUCUCCGAGCGGCUGCCCGGGAAUCGGCACUCCUCGGCCCGCAGCGUCGGGGCGAGAUCCGCCCGGGUCCGGGGCUCGCACCAGCGGCCGGUGUCAGAGGCUUGGAUCGGCCUGUACCGGGUGAACAACCGGCAUGGCAAUAUCCGUUGUCCUUUCUGCUCGAAGCCUUUCCCCGGGGGUCGGAUCGAGGACCACCUGCUGAGCUGCCUCACGUCUCCCCCCCUACCUUACAAUACGGAUGUGCUAAGUAAAGACAGUGGAGAGUGCUCCAUCUGUUUGGAGGAUCUGGUCCAGGGAGAGACCAUCGCCCGGCUGGCUUGCCUCUGCGUCUACCAUAAGAGCUGCAUUGAUUCCUGGUCCAAAGUGAAGCCGUGCUGCCCCGAGCAUCCCUUCGAUUGACUCCCAGGUCACAUGAUCCCUCACAGUGACCAACCCGACUCAGGAGACUACACUGAAUCCUAAUAGAAUCCCAAUAAAGAUGUGUAAUUGAAUAAUCAAAAAGACCCCAGUCCCUCUCAGACGCCAGCCCAUAUUUGAGUGGAAAGCAGAAGAUCCCAGCAGGGGGGGCUACUGGGCGGGACAGCCCAUGCUCUUCAUUCGGAUCAGUCCAUUUUGAACUUGGUCUAGACCAUUUCAAGCCAAACUCCAACAACAACAACAAAAAAAGAAAACGGCUGCUCGGUCUAAUCUGCGGACGCUUGUGGAAACAGAAGUGGAGGAGUUCCUUUUUCUAUUUCACGGACUUGGCUCGGAAAAAAAAAAAGAACAUGGAGACUCAGACUCUGGAUGCUCCCGUGUUAUUUUCCUCCCCUCCGAAUGGGAUCAGUCAUUUUAUCAAGUAUUUUGCAAAAAAAAAAAACGAGUAUUGUUCAGCGUCGUGCAUCCGAUGAAUGUGUUUCUUUUCCUCGGCUCAAACCCGAAUGAACCGACCCCCCACUGAGAGCGUGAACUCUUCAAACCACAGACACUUUGCUUUAUUCUCAACCGGCUGCAGGUCGAGGUGUGUGUUUUGGCGAUUGGGGGGGGGGUGCUACCGUUGACUUGGUGUUACCUGUUUUCUAUUACCUGUAAACAUUUCAGGGGAACUUUCGGGGGGCUAAACGUUUCUUUAAUUUUGUUUUUCCCUCAGUAGGUCAGUGUCUCGUAGGUGGUUAGUUAGCGCUGAGUUUAACGUGCUGCUGCUCGGUGAGAGUUCGGGAAGGUGGUCGGUGAUCCAUGGGGUCGGGGGGGCGCUGGUGUCGGCACCAAUUUGAGCACUUUUGUCCCUAAAAAGGUUGAUUUUUUUUUGAUUUCCCGCAAAUAAGGUCUGGGUUGUGAGUGUGCGAGUACGUCUGUGUGUUCAAAUGAUGACCAGGGACAGGAAAUGUCCUGAGAAUGUUUGUGCAUUCACAAGUGUGUGUUUGUGUGUUUACGUGUGUGUGUGUGUGUGUGUUUACUGUAAACUGCCCAGACGUCUGCUUGGGGAAGCGGGUUAACCUUUUGACAUUUUAAAGCUUCUUUUUUUUUUGGAACAUCCUGUUUCAUGUGGCAUUGGUACGAAGUGAGGGAGACUCUCGUGGUACUGGUCUACUUUCUGAAAGCUGUUUGAGCGUUUCCUCCCCCCCCCCCCCCUUGUUCUCUCCGGGGGGGCCGUCCGGAUGGUUUUUUGGACCGGACCCCAAGUGACAGUUCUGCCAUCUGGCUCCAUCAAAGCCAGAUUGAGGGAUGAGCGGGUAUGAAAGUGACGGGUUGAGGGAUGUAUAUUUUUGGGGGGCAUGUUUUCACCAUGUGGUAUCUGCCUCCCCCCCCCCCCCCCCGACACUGCAGGCUAUGGACAGCUGAUGGUUAAUUAUUACAAAACCCCCCACCCCUGCCUAUUUUUAUAAAGUUUUUUAAAUAUGAUAUCACAUUAUGAUCAUGAUUACUGCUUAGCGUGUUGGAUGGCUUUCCUUUGCCUUGUGUUGUGCUGAUUGCCUUUUGCCCGGUGACGGACCUUCUGGUGCCAGCAGGUGUUUGUGGUGUUUCCGGGGCCGAGCUGAGGCGGCGCCCGGCUGCAGGUCGAGCCCGGGCCGAGGGAAACUGGGAAAGAACAAAAGAUUGAUUGCUGUUGCUGCCUGCUCACAGGGCGAGUCUGUGCCGUGUGUCCUGGUCGUUCCCACGGCGUGUAUAGAUCGGUGGCGAGGUCAGACCGGUGCACAGGUUCUCCCCCCGGCUGCUCGGCUCACCCAGGUUCUCUCUCUCCUCUCUGACCCCCGGUGACCUGCAGGCCGAGGUGCUACGACUCGUCCCGCCACUAGAGGGCAGACCCGUGCACGUUUGCUCUCUUUCAUUUCGUUUUUGUAUCGGAGACUAGAAAAAAAAUGAUGCCAAAAGUGUGUGAGCGAGUGCGGAGGAUGAGGUGUGUUGAUCAUUAGGUGUUACAUUUUGUUGUGGUGAUAAGUUAUGAUGUUGUAUACUUUGGC